UGGUAAGCGAGGAUGGCGACCGAUGACUUCGAGGCAACGCUCGAGCACGGGUUCAACCACAUUGACGAGAAGGUCGAGCUGAUCAUAGACGCACAAGAUGCCAGAUUCCGCAAGCUGGAGGAAGAUUUGAACGCUUGGAACCGUCGGCUGGACUCAAUGGAGCAAGAGAUCGUCCGACUGCCCGAGCGAGUGUGUUCGAUGAUGUUGCAGCAUGUCGAUGCACUUCCCGCGGACUUUCACACAGCGAUGGCGACGCUGACGGAGUCUGUCUUGCAGAGUCUUCGAACGUUGAACGAUGCAGGACCUCCUCCUCCUGCACCGAUGGCGGCGGAUGAACCCACCUUCGCGGUUCGCACCGACGACCACGGUAUGGACAUGAACGAAUCUCCACCACAUGGCCAUCCUCGACCUCCAGCCGACGUGGAUGCAGUGGACACGCGUCCCAAGAAGCGGCGGCGGAAGCCUCGACCGAAGAAGCCGCCGCACAUCCCCGAGCACGACUACUUUCCGAGCCAUCUGGACCGCGUGACCCCCGUCCACGAGCACGUGUGGGCGGACGGGAUCACGCGGCGUACUCCGGAAGCAUGGCGCUUUCCAAACAGUCAAGUCCGGCUGUUGUGGGCAUAUUGGUUUCGCGGCGACGAGCCGAAUCAAAUCGGUCCGUAUCGGUUGUUGAACGGGUUGGAUUUUGGCACGCGGCUCGCGUGUCGAAGCAGUCUGUCCCAUACCCGCGUGCUCAUGAAGAUGUUGGUGAGCUUGGCGAUCGAGCACGGAUUUGCCACGUCAGAGGACGCCAUCGCGGACAUGUCGCUCAAGGACACAAUGCUAACCUUUGACAAGGCAUUUAUCGAGUUUCAAAAGGUGCACCCGACGAUGACGUCGUCGAGUCAUUCGCUGGGGGUACUCUACAGCCGCCUUCCCCGUCGUCGGCGGAAGCAGCCGGAAGGGCUGAACGCGAGCCUGCAUGUGUGGGCGGACGGGUCGGAUCGGAUGCAAGUGCCGGAUGGGUGGGCGUUCCCCAACACCACGUGCCGCGUCAUGUGGCCGUGGUGGUUUCUCGGGUCGCCCGACAUUCAAAUAGGACCUUAUCGGCGCCUGCGCACUAUGGACUUUACCACGCCCGAAUCCAAAGAUUUGUUGAUGCAAGCACGGAUGGCCAUGCACGAACUAGCUCUAGUCGCGGUGGCCAACCAGUGGGCGGAGUCGGAAGACGCCAUGGAGGAACUUGCCCACGACACGUUGAUGGACAUUUUUGACAAGUGCUAUUUCAUCCUUAUGCACCGCAACCCUAAGGGCAACUUGGCCGGACCCGGCCGCCUCGAGCGGUCGACGGUGCACUCGCUGUCGAUCCGCACCGUGGCCAAAGCCAUCCGGCGCGCGAGGAAGCUCCCCAUCAACCCCCCGACCAAAGUGUUUGAGUGGGCGGACGGCACCCGUCGGCAGACGCCAGAAGAGUGGCGGUUCCCAAAGGAGAUGACGGCGCGGGAGCUGUGGGCGCGGUGGUUCCUCGGGGAGCCCGACACCCAAGUCGGUCCAUUCCGGCUCGUGGCCACCCUCGACGUUAAAGACUUUGACAGCCGCGUGUACUUUAGCCGCGCCAAGUUUCUGCUCCAGGACUUGGUCGAAAUCGCCAAGCGCAAACACUUUGCCGACUCGGCGGACGCCAUCGCGGCGCUGCCAGAAGACGCGUGCAUGGCUGUGUUCGAUCAGACUUACCACGCCCUCUUCCACGACAACCCGCUCGGGUACGGCAACAUUGGCGGCACCGCGCACGGACUCCUGCGGCCCAAGCGCGGCCCGUUAUACAUGUGGAAAACAGUACGAGAGUGCAUCCGAAAGCUCAAGAAGCUCCACCAAGAAAACGCGGCCGACGACGUCCAAGCAGCGGUGGCACAGGACACCCACAACAACGAUGAUGAUCACCAACAGACACGUGACAUGGAGUUGGAAUGAUAGGUUGGUGCGUCUAACUAGUGAGAUAGGACACGGAGGAGCUCGAAGAAGAAAGUUGGAGGGGGUAGUUAUGAUGGAUGUAGUAGGACUACCGGGGGUAGUAGUAGGCAACAUACUAAUAACGUUCAACCCAUUUACACAAAGCCAUGCAGAAAGCCAUGCGUGACUUGUGUGAACCUGC